AUGAGUGCUGCUGCAAAGCCUGGAAGUAACUGGAGCGCGCUCCAAAGCAAGAUACGCGACGAUACAUCACGUCCGCAGCGGCGGCGUCCUCGGCCGCGCGUGUCGCAGCCUGCGCCCGAGCCUGUGCAGGACACCAAGCCGCUGCCGUGGUUUGCCGAGGACCUCGCGCCGGAGGACCUUGCGCUGGUCCUCUCGACCGCGGACUCGACCGAGUCGGAGCUUGCGAAGCGUGACGUGUCGCGUGAGCGCCUUGCGUUCCUCAAGCAGAACGCCGUGCAGUGGGAGGGCUAUCUGGACGAGCGCACCAAGCGCCGUAUCGUCCUCGGCGAAAACGAGGCGGAUAUGACGCCGGAGAAGCGCGAGAUUGGGCACUACAUUGGCAUCGACUGCGAGAUGGUCGGCGUGGGCCCUGGCGGCCGCGGCUCGGCCUUAGCGCGCGUAUCGCUGGUGAACUGGCACGGCCAUGUCAUCCUGGACAAGUUUGUGCGCCCCCAAGAGAGGGUCACCGACUACCGCACCUGGGUGUCGGGCGUGCGCCCGCGCGACCUCAUCAACGCGCCGUCCUUUGCCGAAGUCCAGGCGGAGGUCGCCACACUGAUCAAAGGGCGUGUCUUGGUCGGCCACGCCAUCGAGAACGAUAUGCGCGCGCUGAUGCUCUCGCACCCCCGGCCGCAGAUCCGCGAUACGGCGCAGUUUGCGCCGUUGCGGGAGAUCGCGGGGCGCAAGCAGCCCGGCCUGCGCUCGCUCGCCAAGCUCGUGCUCGGCAUCGAGAUCCAAAAGAGCGGGCACGAGCACAGCUCCGUCGAGGAUGCGCGGACGACCAUGGCCAUCUUCCGCACGCAGAAGGACGCGUGGGACCGGACACUGGGCAUAAGCAAGACGCGCAAGCGCCCCGCGGCGCACGCGGGCCUCACGAUCAACAUCUCGGCCGCGAAGUCGCUGGAGGAGGAGAAACUGCCGACCAAGUCGCCGCGCACGCAGCAGGCUACGAGCCCGCUCGGGACGCUGCCCAGUCCGCGGUCCGUGCAGCUGACGACGCGCAUGAGCCAGAUGCGCGUACGGCGCGACACGGCGCGUGUGCGCGCCGCGCCGGAAUGGUGGCUCAACGACUAG